GCGAAAUUACGCCCGGCCAGUCAGUCCUUCUAACAUUAUCACCCGCAGCACACGCAUCGGAACCUUCCUCAUAACCGCGUAUAAGAUACACCCUCGUACAGCUUGUGAUGUGAAAUCAUUUUAUUGUGUUUUGGGAAAGCUGUAAAAAUGAUACAGGACAGUGAAAAUUCUGAAUUAGCUACCCGUAUUGCUGAAUUCAAGAGCGAUCCGGAGAAACUCCGCGAGGCUUCUGAGUUUGUAGAACAACUGAUUCAGCAGGCAAAGAAAGAGGCAGAGUUUAAACAUAAAGAGAAAGAGAGAAACAAAUUCGAAUCGCAGGAGUUGGGCUCAAAUAAUGUAAAAAGGCGCCUUGGUCGGGCUAGAGGAUUUGUUUUACGAAUGUUUGACGCACUCUGCAAUUGUACGCAGACUGCAGCCGCUGCCGCACGCACACACGCAAGGAACAACCCAUUUACAAAACGUUAGACGCACAAUCAAUUGUUAGAAAACCAAUUCAAAACUGUGGGUAUGACCAGAUCAAGUAUUGACUGACACGUGAAUAAUAGUAGGAAUUAAAAAUAAUUGGCGGAUAAUCGCUUGCCUAUAAGAAAAAUAAUAAAUUAAAUACAUAAAUAAAUAAGAGGACAAGAUACAUAAAGGGUCGAAGCGUUAGAUAUGAUGAUACCCGCCAAUACUAGAAAUAUGU